AAGAAACAUGGCAUCGCUACCGUAGAGCUCAAUGUUUCUGUUGAAGUUUGAACACCCUUCUACUGAUUCUUUUUCUAAACUGUGUGAGAUAUUUUAAAGGCCUAAUUAAUAGUUAGUUUCCAUGCAAAAUGUUUGUUGCGAAAAGCAUCGCAGCGGAUCAUAAAGAUCUGAUUCACGAUGUUUCCUACGACUUCCAUGGACGGAGGAUGGCGACCUGCUCCAGUGAUCAGAGCGUCAAGGUCUGGGAUAAAGGUGAUGAUGGAGAAUGGCACUGCACUGCUAGUUGGAAGACUCAUAGUGGCUCUGUGUGGAGAGUAACAUGGGCACAUCCCGAGUUUGGUCAAGUCUUGGCAUCUUGUUCCUUUGACCGCACUGCAGCUGUGUGGGAGGAGAUAGUCGGUGAAUCCAACGACAAACAACGGGGGCAAAGUCAUUGGAUCAAGAGAACCACACUGGUGGACAGUCGGACGUCAGUGACCGACGUAAAGUUUGCACCGAAGCACAUGGGCCUGAUGUUGACCACCUGCUCUGCAGACGGCGUGGUGCGCAUCUAUGAGGCUCCUGAUGUGAUGAACCUCAGCCAGUGGUCACUCCAGCACGAGAUCUCAUGCAAACUCUCCUGUUCCUGCAUCUCCUGGAACCCCUCCAGUUCUCGAGCUCAUCCUCCAAUGAUAGCUGUGGGUGGCGAUGACAGCAACGGCCCUUACAGUGGCAAAGUGCAAAUCUAUGAGUACAAUGAAAAUACAAGAAAGUAUGCCAAAGCAGAGACAUUGAUGACCGUGACUGACCCAGUGCAUGACAUCGCCUUUGCUCCAAAUCUGGGGAGAUCAUUCCAUGUGCUGGCAAUAGCAACCAAAGACGUUCGCAUUUUCAAACUCCUACCACUGAGGAGAGAGAGCGCCAACAGCUCUGGUCCCACUAAGUUCGAGGUGCAGGUGAUGGCUCAGUUUGACAGUCAUAACUCUCAGGUGUGGCGCGUGAGCUGGAACAUCACCAGCACUCUGCUGGCCUCCUCUGGAGAUGACGGCUGUGUGAGGCUCUGGAAAGCUAAUUACAUGGACAACUGGAAGUGCACAGGGAUCCUGAGAGGAGAUGGGAGUCCAGUGAAUGGCUCUUCUGGACCCUCUGCUGCUCUGAGUGCUGUUGGCGUCCCUGGAGCUGCUCAGAUGAUUGUUGGCGCAGCUUCUGCUGGCAGAAAGAAAGCUCAGCUGAUGCCAGGCUAACAGCAUAGUGUGCUGAUUGGCUGCUUGCUGCAUGCAAAUGCACAGGAUUGGAUGAGAACUCAUUGACCCCUCCCCUGCACGGUGUGGCACCUGCACACUCUUCUAGCUACUAAUCCGACAGAAGUGUGUGUGUUUAUGAUCUCUUAAGCGGCUGAUAAAGGAACUGUGCCUGUGUGUGUGUUGUUCAGUGGCACUUACCUGACAUUAAGCGUUUUUGUUUUGUAUUAUUGAACAACUAAAGUUGAUUCCCAGCAUCAAUAUGACUUUCUUAUUAUCAAUGGUUGGAUGUGGUGAUAUUUAUUUUAAUACUUCUAAUGCCGUUUUUAAAGCUUCAAACAUGAAUCUUUUCAAAACAGUUGUAGCCCUGAUGGCUUUUAAAGAAAGAGUUCACUCAAAAACAAAAUUCUUCCAAUGUUUGUCUUCAUAUUCACUCAAAAAAAUUGUUCUAACUACACAUUUAAAAUUAGCUUAAACAACACAAUUGUUGUUAGUUGUGUUAAACAACACAACUUGAGAGUUUUUUGGGGGACAACUGAAUUGUUUUAUGAUCAGUCAACUUAACUUUGUAAAACCCCUUCAUUUAAUUUAAUAGAUUUGCAUUUGAAUGACAUAAAGGAUUUGGAUGGAACCCAGCAUUUUUUACAAUGUUGUUUUGUAAUGUUUACACCCGAGUUCUCAUAUGCAAAAUGAGACAUCUGGAUUUUAAAAAAAUAAAAUACUAACUUAA